AUGCACGCUCUUAACCCCCCAGCGGCGCCGUCGCCAACUCCCUCAAAUACGUCGACGAGCGCGAAGCGCAAGCGUCCUGAAGAUAAUGUUGUCCACUCGCAGCCCAGGGAGACAGGCACCGGCAGCCAUAUCUACACGCAGCUUACAUACACCAUCGACUACCUCAAGGGUCGCGCCGCCGAGAACAGCGAGAAGUGGUACUCUUUCAAAGACCUCAUGGAUUACCUGAAUGUGACGGAUGCCACCAUACGCGCUCAGCUCCAGAACCUCUACCGAAGCACCAAUCCCUCCAACCGUAUAGCAUACAACAAAGACAGGGAUUCCUACCGCUACAGACCGAAAUACGAUAUCCGAAAACCAGCUGAUCUAAAGGCCUAUUUUCAGGCCCAAAAAUCUGCCCAAGGUUUGUCUGUAAAGGAUCUCAAGGAUGGCUGGAGUACUGUGCACGAUGAUCUCAAGGUAAUGGAGGCAAAAAACGAGGUUCUCGUCAAACGAAGUCAAAAGGAUCAGACAGCCGUCUCAGUCUGGGACAAUGAUCCAAGUCUCAUGAACAUAAUGGACCCUGAGUUCAUCAAUGAGUUCCACAAGAUCCAGAUCCCGCCAAAUCCAGACGAUCUACGCAACAGCUUGAUGGCCGCGGGGUUGCAGCCUUCCAGCGCCCCUCGCCAGGCAGAAGUCAAGAAGACCGACAACAAGAAGAGGAAGAAGGCUGUUCGACGUGGUGGAAAGCAGACAAACACGCAUAUGGCUAGCAUCCUAAAGGACUUUUCACACAUGCGAAAGUAG